GAAACCUUCAGGCGUUUUCGCAAAGUUCUCUUGAAAGCAAUCAUUAUGAAGACGCCUUUGCUACUUUUAUCGAUUUGGAGUAGCUUCUUUAUAUCAGAAAAUUCGGCGUUCUCUCCGCCUUUCGUUUCUGUGUUCGGCAAGAAAAGGGACACUGAGAUACACGAAUCAAAGCCACUGCAACUCAAAGAUGUUGUCCAGAAAGUAGCGGUUACAGGUGCGACCGGCCGUACAGGGCGUCUAGUAGUUGAAGAGCUAUUGGAACGCGAAGUCUCCUCCGUCGUAGCCAUAGUCCGUGAUACCAAGAAAGCUGCCGAAAUUUUUCCGAAUCCUCCCGAUAAUCUACAGAUAGUCCAAGUCGACCUCUUCGACGAAAACCAGAUCAAGGUACUCUGUGAGAGCUUGGAUGCGGCUAUUUGGUGUGCAACUGGGUUUUCCAGCAAUGCGGAUACAUCCCCUCUGGAAAGAAUGAAGUCGCUGUUUGGCAUCGCUACAAAACGUACAAUCGAUACUGUCGGUCUACCUUCAUUCGGGAAGUAUCUUUCGGCUGUUCAGGCAACUGGUGGUGAACCUCUUCCAAAAGUGAUUCUCUGCAGCUCGGCGGGGGUAACCAGGCCCAUCUGGGAUGACGCCAAAAAGCAAAGGUUUCCUGGUGCCGCCAAUAUUCCAAUCGUUCGCCUUAACCCGUUUGGAAUUCUUGAUAUUAAACGUAUGAGCGAAGAAAAGCUCCGCGAUACAGGUGCCGAUUAUUGCAUUGUUCGGCCAUCAGGAUUAAACGAUAGCUGGCCCGCAGGAUCACGGCCGAUUUUUUCACAAGGUGAUGUCGCAGUGGGACGUAUCAAUCGUAAGGACGUCGCUAAGGUCCUUGUAGAUGUUCUGACAGCUCCAGAGGCUACGGGGAAAACGUUUGAGACGACGGCAGUUGCAGGCUACCCCAAGGCGCCUUCCAUAGCUCCCGUGCUUUCACGUCUACGAAAGGACUCUGAGGGUUUGCCUUCAAUGGAACAGAUUGAAGGAACCUACACCGCUAUGCAGCAGUUACUCCCCGGUGAACAACAAGAUGCUGCUGCAUUGGCAAUGGGGCAGACCUAUGAGCAGCUUGAUAGAGGCGAAGAAGGACGUCUUGGAAAACGUGGCCAAGAAAAGCUGUCGCAGAUUCGAGAUUAA